AUGCGAUUCGAAUCCCCUACCUGGCGAAUCUUGCUUCGUGAGAAAGGGUCGGUUUGGGGAGAAGAAAGUCCGAGAAAAGGAGAAAAAUGGCGGGUUGAAGUGUUCCGGUUGGAGGUUGAGGACUUGAAGGCAGUUGAUGACUAUGGACUCCUUCCAUGUAUGGGCCCAGUACCGAAGAGUCAGAUUCGGCUCCUUUCAAUCAUCCCGCAAGAGCGAGGGCCGCUCUCUGCUCGCGGGGGAUGA